UGAGGAGGUGAAAGAGGAGGAGGUGGUGGUGAAGGAAAAGGUGAAAUGGGUGGUGGAAUGGGAGGUAAAGAUGGUGAUGAGUUAGGUGGUAACAAUUGUGGUGACUCUAAAGGUGGUAAUAAUGGUGGUGAGAUUGGAGGUGGUGACGGUGAGACUAAAGGUGGGACCAUUGGUGGUGAUAAGGAAGGUAAUAUUGAAGGCGGUAGUAAUGGCGGUGAUAUAGGAGGUAACGAUUGUGGCGACUCUGAAGGAGAUAAUGGUGAUGACUCUAACGGUGGAAAUAUUGGUGUUGAGAUCGGAGGUGACAUUGGAGGUAACAUUGAGGGUGACAACAACGGCGGUGAGAUAGGAGGUAACAAUGGUGGUGAGUUAGGUGGUGAUAAUUGUGGUGUGACUAGAGGUGGCAACAACGGUGGUGAUAAUGGUGGUGACUCUAAAGGUGAAAAUAAUGGUGUUGUGACUGGAGGUGGUAAUGGAGGUAAGGUUGAGGGCGAUAAUAAUGGUGGUGAGAUAGGAGAUAGUGAUGGUGGUGAGUCAGGAGGUGAUAAUGAUGGUGACUCUAGAGGUGGCAACAAUGGUGGGGACAUAAGAGGUGACAAUGGUGGUGAUAUUAGCGGUGACACAAAAGGUGAAAAUGUUGGUGCUGAAAUCGGAGGUGUCAAUGGAGGUAACAUUGAGGGUGCAAAUAAUGGUGGUGGGAUAGGAGGUAACGAUGUUGGUAAGUCAGGAGCUGAUAAUGGUGGUGAAUCUAGAGGUGACAAUAAUGGUGGUGAAUCUAGGGGUGGCGAUAAUGGUGGUGACUCUAAAGGUGGAAACAUUGGUGUCGAGACUAAAGGUGACAAUGGAGGUAACAUUGAGGGCGAAAAUAAUGGUGGUGAGAUAGGCGAUAACGAUGGUGGUGAGUCAGGAGGUGAUAAUGAUGGUGACUCUAAAGGUGGUAACAAUGUUGGUGAAAUAGGAGGUGAUAGUGGGGAUGACUCUAAAGGUGGAAACAUUGGUGUUGAGAUCGGAGAUGGCAAUGAAGGUAAGGUUGUGGGCGACAAUAAUGGUGGUAUGGUAGGAGGUAACGACGGUGGUGAGUUGGGAGGUGAUAAUGGCGGUGACUUUAGAGGUGACAAUAGUGGUGGUGAUAUUGGUGGUAACACAAAAGGUGGAAACAUUGGUGUUGAAACUGGAGGUGACAAUGGAGGUAACGUUGAAGGUGGAAAUAAUGUUGGUGAGAUAGGAGGUAACGAUGGUGGUGAGUCAAGUGGUGAUAAUUGUGGUGUGACUAGAGGUGGCAAUAAUGGUGGUGAUAAUGGUGAUGACUCUAAAGGUGGAAAAAAUGGUGUUGUGACUGAAGGUGAUAAUGGAGGUAAGGUUGAGGGCGAUAGUAAUGGUGGUGAGAUUGGAGAUAACGAUGGUGGUGAGUCAGGAGGUGAUAAUAAUGGUGACUCUAAAGGUGGCAAUAAUGGUGGUGACAAUGGUGGUGAUUUUGGUGGUGACUCUAAAGGUGGAAACGUUGGUGUUGAGAUCAGAGGUGACAAUGAAGGUAAGGUUGAUGGUGAAAAUAAUAUUGGUGAGAUAGGAGGUAAGGAUGGUGAUGAAUCAAGAGGUGAUAAUGAUGGUGACUCUAGUGGUGGCAACAAUGGUGGUGACUUAGGAGGUGACAAUGGUGGUGAUAUUGGCGGUGACACAAAAGGUGGAAACACUGGUGUUGAGAUUGGAGGUGACACUGGAGGUAACAUUGAAGGCGACAAUAAUGGUGGUGAGGUAGGAGGUAAUGAUGGUGGUGAAUUAGGAGGUUUUAAUGAUGGUGACUCUAAAGGUGGCAACAAUGGUGAUAACAUAGGAGGUGAUAACGGUGGUAAGUCAGGAGGUGGUAUUAGUGGUGACUCUAAAGGUGGGAACUUUGGUGGUGAGACUGAGGGUGACAAUGGAGGUAACGUUAAGGGCGAUAAUAGUGGUGGCGAGAUCGGUGAUAAUGAUGGUGGUAACUCAAGAGGUGAUAAUGGUGGUGAUUCUAGAGGUGACAAUAAUGGUGGUGUGAUAGGAGAUGAUAAUGGUGGUGAGUCGGGAGAUGAUAAUGGCGGUGACUCUAGAGGUGACAACAUUGGUAGUGAGACCAAAGGUGACAAUGGAGGUAAAAUUGAAGGUGACAAUAAUGGUGGUGAGAUAGGAGAUAAAAAUGGUGAUAAAUCAGGAGAUGAUAAUGGUGGUGACUCUGUAGGUGACAGUGACGGUGGUGAAAUGAAAGGUGAUAAUGUUGGUGACUCUAUAGGUGCAAACAAUGGUGGUGACAUAGAAGGUGAUAAUGGUGGUGACUCUAGCGGUGACAACAAUGGUGGUAACACAGGAGGUGAUAAUGAUGGUGACUUUAGCGGUGGCAACAAUGGUGGUGACACGGUAGGUGAUAAUGGUUGUGAGUCAGGAGGCGAUAUCGACGGUGACUUUAGUGGCGAAAACACUGGUGUUGAGACUAGAGGUGACAAUGGAGGUAAUGUUGAAGGUGGCAACAAUGGUGGUGACUCUAGUGGUGGCAAUAACGAUGGCGAAAUAGAAGGAGAUAACGGUGCUGAGUCAGGAGGUACUGAUGGUGACUUUAAAGGAGAGAAUAUCAGUGUUGAGGGGGAAGGUGACAAUGUAGGUAAUGUUGAGGGCGGUUGUAGUAUUGGUGAGAUAGGAGGUAACGAUGGUUGUAAGUCAGGAGGUGAUAAUAGUGGUGACUCUAGAGGUGGCAAAAGCGGCGGUGAGAUUGAAGGUGAUAAUGAUGGUGAGAUAGGAGGUGAUAUUAGCGGUGACUCUAGAGGUGAUAACAUUGGUGGUGAGUCUGAAGGUGAUAGUGGAGGUAAUGUAGACGGUGAUAAUAGUGGGGGUGAGAUAGGAGGCAACAAUGGUUGUAGGUUAGGUGAUGAUAAUGGUGGAGACUCUAAAGGUGAAAAUAUUGGUGGUAAGGUAAAAGGUGGUAAUGCUGGUGAGUCAGGUGGUGAUAGUGGUAGUGAAUCAGAAGGUGAUAAUGGCGGUAAUUCUAAAGGUGACAACAUUGGUGAUGAGGCCAAAGGUGACAAUGGAGGUAACAUAAAGGGUGGUAGUAGUGGUGGUGAGGUAGGAGGUAAUGAUGGUGAUAAUUCUGGAGGUAGUAACAGUGGUGAGAUAGGAGGUGAUAAGGGUGGUGAGCCGGGAGGCGAUAAUGGCGAUGACUCUAAAGGUGGCAAUGUUGGUUGUGAGAUCGGUGGUGAUAAUGGAGGUAAGGUUGAGGGUGGAAAUAGUGAAGGCGAGAUAGGAGGUAAGGAUGGUAAUGAUUCAGUAGGUGAUAAUGAUGGUGACUUUAGAGGUGAUAUUAAAGGUGGUGAGAUAAGAGGUGAAAAUGGUUGUGAUUUGGAAGGUGAUGAUGAGGGUGACUUUAGGGGUGACAACAUUGGUGAUAAGACUGAAGGUGACAACGGAGGUAAUGUUGAAGGUGGCAAUAGUGUUGAUGAGAUAGGAGGUAAUGAUGUUGGUGAGUUGGGAGGUAAUAGUGGUGAUGACUCUAAAGGUGGCAAUAAUGGUGGUGGGAUAGGAGGUGACAAUGUUGGUGAGUUAGAAGGUGAUGAUUGUGGAGAAUCUAGAGGUGACAACAUUGAUGGUGAGAUCAAAGGUGACAAUGGAGGUAAUGUUGAGGGUGGCAAUGAUGGUGGUGAGAGAGGAGGUAAUGAUGGGGAUGAGUUAAAAGGUGAUAACAAUGGUGAUCCUAAAGGUGUCAACAAUGAUGGUGAGAUCGAAGGUGAUAAUGAAGGUAAUGUUGAGGGCGACAAUUCUGGUGUUGAUAUAGGAGGUAAUAGUGGUGGUGGUGGUGGUGGUGGUGGUGAUGGUGAUGGUGGUGGUGGUGGUGAUGAUGGAGGUGGUGGAGGUGGUACACGACGUGGUGGGGGUGGUGGUGGUGGUGAUUUAUGUGAUACUGGUGGUUUCUUAGGAGGUGGUACACGACGUAGUGGGGGUGGUGGUGGUGACUUAUGUGAUAUUGGUGGUUUUUUAGAAUGUGGUGGAGGUGGUACACGACGAGGUAGGGGUGGUGGGGGUGAUUUGUGUGAUACUGGUGGUUUUUUAGGAUGUGGUGGUUGUUCGUGA